GUGUCCCACUUUUACGGUGGACCACGAACGCAGCGUUGCGUGACCUGACCCGGAAGUUUACGUCAGUUGUCUUCUCCGAGCAACCAAACUGUGCCGUUAGCUGUUAGACUGAUCGCUGACUCUGACAUCAAAAUGGCCGAAGUAGAGGAAACUCUGAAGCGGAUCCAGAGUCAGAACGGAGUUCAGGGAAUCAUCAUCAUCAAUUCAGAAGGAAUCCCCAUCAAGACGACUCUGGACAACGCCAGCACGGUGCAGUACGCCGGCCUGAUCCACCAGCUGGUGAUGAAGGCCAGAAGCACCGUGCGGGACAUCGACCCCCAGAACGACCUCACCUUCCUCCGCAUUCGCUCCAAGAAGAACGAGAUCAUGAUCGCUCCAGAUAAGGACUAUUUCCUGAUCGUCAUCCAGAACCCGUCGGACUGAGAGGAGGAGGAGCUUCCGACUCGUCUCUCGCUCUGUCUGUCUUUCAUAUUUAAAAAAACUGUCAAACAUUCUAAAUCAAAGUGGCCCGUUGACCAGAACCUUGUCCCACUCCACCAGGAAGUAACGGCAGGAGGCGGAUCGGAUCUCCAUGUUUUAGCAUUCCAGUCGGGCCUCCUCCGCCACGUCCCUCUGUUCAUGGCAGAGAUAUUAGAGCACGUAAAUAAUCCUAAACAUCUCAGCACUGAGAGAACAAGGCGCAGAUCAUCGAGGCGUCAAAGGAGGAUCUUCAGUUCUAAUUGAAGGAAAACUUAUUUAUGGUUUAGUUGGCUGGAGAAGUGGAAGUUCAGUAUUUACACCACAAACACUUCUCUGCUCGGCCGUGUCAAGUUUCAGAUGGUUAUUAUUAAGACAUAAUAAACACUAAAUGUUCCGA